CAAUACAAUGAGUAAGCGAUAUUGGACACCUACAUCUGCACAACUUCAAGUUCUUGAAUAUAUAUUUAAUCAAGAGAAUAAAACCCCAAACAAGUCAAGGAUCAUGCAGUUAGUCUCCGAACUAUCGUUGCAUGGGCAAAUCUCUUAUAUGAAUGUUUAUAAUUGGUUUAAAAGUAGAUGUGCUCGUUUAAGAAGGAUGAACUUAUCCACACAAGCACAUGAUUCUGAACUUGUAAUUCAGCCAAUGUAUGCAUGUCGCAAAACACUUGCAGACAGCUGGCCUCGUGUUAGAGGAAGGUUUGCAAAGAAUGAUGAACUUGGAGAGGCUGCAAGAACUGCUGGCAGCAACCAUGAAGAAGACACGGAUGAAGAU